AUGGGGUCCGUGAACGUGAACAGGAAUGUGGCGGACGCCUUCUAUCGCUACAAGAUGCCUAGGAUUUGCGCCAAAGUGGAGGGCAAGGGCAAUGGCAUCAAGACUGUCAUCGUGAACAUGCCUGAAGUCGCCAAGGCCAUCGGCAGGCCGGCUACGUAUCCAACCAAAUACUUUGGGUGCGAGCUCGGCGCUCAGACCCAAUUCGACUUCAAGAAUGAGCGCUUCAUUGUCAACGGCAGCCAUGAUUCUGCCAAAUUACAGGAUUUACUUGAUGGGUUCAUCCGCAAGUUCGUGUUGUGCCCCGAGUGCGACAACCCGGAGACGGAGCUGAUCGUGUCCACGAAGCGCAACACCAUCUCGCAGGGCUGCAAGGCGUGCGGCUACCACGGCCCGCUCGAGUUCAACCACAAGCUCAACACCUUCAUACUCAAGAACCCGCCGGCCGCCGACCACGGCGUGCAGGGCUCGUCGCUGACGGAGGGCAACCGUGGCAAGCGCUCCAAGCGCAGCGGGCCCGCCGCCAACGGCAACCACGACGCCGACGCGCACGACGCCAAGGCCGAGAGCGACGUCCCCGUGACGCCCACCACCCCCAACCCGAAGAGCAAGAAGGAGAAGAAGAAGGCGGCGGACGACGACGGCGACGACGACAACUGGACCGUGGACGUGAGCGAGGCGGCCGUGCGCGCGCGCAUGCAAGAUCUAACGGAAGGUGCCAAGAGCAUGACACUAUCGGAGGACAGCGAGAAGAACGAAAAGCAACGUAUGGACUUGUUUUAUUCGUUCCUCAAGCAACGCUCCGACGCAGGGGACGUGGAGGGCUCGCGUGCGGUCAACGACAUCUUGCACGAGGCCGACCGGCUCGAAGUGAAAUCUAAGGCUUUAUUGGUGGCCUUUGAAGUCCUAGUCGGGGCUACCACCUUGGCAGCAGACGUGAAACGUCACAGGGUCCUCCUCCUACGCUUGGCUCGAGCAGAUCCCAAGGCCCCGCGAGCAGCCCUUCACGCUCUAACCGCCCUCGCUGCCACCACCCCAGCACUUCUACCCCGUGUUCCAGCAGUUCUCAAACUCCUGUAUGAUUUGGAUAUAGUCGAGGAAAAGACCAUUUUAGAAUGGGCGGCAAAACCUUCAAGAAAGUUCGCCCCGAAGGAGGUGGUAGCUGAUGUGUUGAAACGCGCGCAGCCGUUCAUUGAUUGGUUGCAGCAGGCCGAUGAGGAGGAGUCGAGUGAUGACGCGAGUGAAGAGGAUAUUGAGAUUGAAUACGACGAUCGCGCCAAGGUGACCCCUAUCAAGGCGAUGGCCGCGCCCGCGUCCAAGCCCAAGCAGGAGGAGGAUGGGGAUAUUGAUGUUGACAUCGACGCCAUU